GAACCUUGCGCGGUAGGUCCCGCCCUUUCCUUUCCGCUGUCGCCGUGGUAGAGAGCGCACGUCCUGUGGCCUGGCCUUGCACGAAGCACGCGCUCAAGAUGCGAUACAUUGCAGCUUUCCUUCUUUCUGUUCUUGGAGGCAAUGGGUCUCCAAACAAACAAGACAUAAAGAAAAUCCUUGACAGUGUAGGCAUUGAGACAGAUGAUGAACGCCUAAGCAAGGUCAUUAAUGAGCUGAAUGGGAAAAAUGUUGAAGAUGUUAUUGCUCAAGGUCUCACCAAGCUUGCCAGCAUGCCUGUUGGUGGGGGUGUAGCAGUCUCUGCUGGAGGUUCCGCUGCACCUGCUGCAGGUACUGCACCAGCUGCUGCAGAAGAAAAGAAAGAAGAAAAGAAAGAAGAGUCUGAAGAAUCAGAUGAUGAUAUGGGAUUUGGACUGUUUGACUAAAAACAUCUUUGAGUUAGUCUGUAAUAAAUUUUUAAGAUUA